AUGACAGAAAGUGUAAAAGAAAGUGAACUGGAGCAAUCCACCGAUUUGGAAUCACCGGACUAUUUUGAAGCAAUCAAACGAAUCAAGAAAGUGGAGAAUGAAAAACCGGAAAAAUUGGAUUUGAGCAAUUUAAGGCUGGUCGAAGUGCCUCGCGAUCUGUUGGAUUUGACUCAUUUAAAACGCUUACAUUUGUGUCGAAAUCGGCUGCUGGAAAUCCCGGAUGAGCUGUGCGCUCGACUGUGCAGUCUCACCUGGCUCGAUCUGCGUUCCAAUUUGCUCACUCGGCUUCCCGGGACCAUUCGACACAUGCGAGAUCUCCAGAUACUUUUGCUUGAUGAUAAUUGUAUCCGUAUUUUACCAUUUGAAUUGGGAGAUUCAGAGACUGACCGUUUUGAAAUCACAGAAGAAAAUAUGAAAGAAUUAUGCGAUCAAUUAGAACGAAAGGCGUCCCUAUCGAAUUCCGACGAGGGUUUUGGUUCAGAGAAAGUAUUAUCCAUACAAGAGAUGGAUAACAGUGGCCGAGAAGAAUCCACAUCGUCCGUUUUCACGGAAGAAUCUAACGAUACGUUGAAACGUGAGGAAAAGUUAUCCGUAAGCCGGUUGGACACAAAAAGCGGUUCAAGUGAUCAAGAACUUGAGGACAUUCUGCAUUUUUCUCGGUUGACGGAAGCGGUGAAUGAGGAGCUGAAUACAAAUGAGUCAGAUGUCAUGGCGGGCCUACAGGUGUCUCCAUUUAGUAGAAGCUUUUCUGUUCGUCAUGCAAUCCUUUCCCUACAACUACCUUCAGCUGUUAUCAAGAUCCCUAGCGCGUCCGCGUUUGCCCUCUUCCCGUCACAAUCUACUCGACAUGAUGCACUACUACCGGACAUUCCUCCACAACCGACCAUUGACAAAAUCCGAGCGCAACAUGUACGGGAGCGGAAAAAGAAAGCCAGACAACAAGCAAUGAUCACACAACAGGCCACAUUGCAGAAACUAAAAGAUGCAGAACGAGUGAGAGGAUGGCGACAGGCUUAUACAAUACAGCAAAAGGCGAAACUUUUGGAGUAUCUAAGCAAGACACAACGGGACAUUCGAGAAGAAGCGGAUCGGCGAGCCACUGCAGCCCCGUUCGAUGUGGUUCCGGAAGAUUUGAAAAUGAUCGGUACGGCUGAGUUGCAAGAACUGCGAAAUCGCUGUAUUCGUUCCGCGUCACCCCCACCAAAUCUGGAUCCUCAUGUGAUAUUGGAACUGGAGUUGGCCAGGUACAAACAAAGAUCCCCUAUUGUUGUUUCCAUGCCGGAAGAUGUGUGGAAAUCCAUCAUUGGCAAAGCGCCUUUAAUAAUCUCUUUGCUAAAGGUUAAACGUAUUUUGUAUACGUUAAAAGUUGGGCAGCAUUCGCCCGUUGUUUCCGAUGAAUCUGUAGCCGGAUGCAACAAUACAGAUUCCUUCGCGCUACUCUAUGCGGAGUACACAUGCGGAGCCACAGUAAACUUGGAGCGUGACCGCAGACUAACGGAACAAGUACAACGACACUUGAGUGAAGUGGGUGGGCGAUUCCAAAUCCCGUUGCCCAACACACGGGAGGCACUCUACGCAGAGAUGUUGACAGCCAAGCGUGACCUGGAUUUGGCAUUGCGGUUGCAUCAUCGUGUCAAACAAAGAAUGGAAACAAUGGAGCACUUCCGUGGAUCAAAUCGACGAGAUCUAUGGUGA